CGGGUGGGCUGUGGGCGGACGCGGGAAGGGCGUGUCGUGCAGAGAUGGGAGGAGGGUCACGUCAAGGUCUGUAAACAAAGUGCGGCCAACCCUCUCACCACUCCCCACGCCAACAAGGCAUUUACACAACACUACCCCGGCCCUGGUGGUGAGGGUGCUACACGUGUACCUGACAGAUUAGUGAAAGUCAAGAAACACAAAAUGGGGGGCAGUGACAUGCAGUUCUGCCUUCGAUGGAAUAACUUUGGCACCACCAUGACAGCAGCUCUCCAUUCUCUACAUGAGGGUGGAGAUUUUGUUGAUGUCACUCUGGCUGCUGAUGGAACACAGUUGAAGGCACACAAGCUGAUUCUUUCUGCUUGUAGUCCUUACUUUAGAGAUAUAUUAAAGAACAAUCCAUGUCAACACCCAGUGAUAAUCCUCCGAGAGGUGCCUGUUGAGGACUUAGAAGCCGUAUUAGCAUUUAUGUACGAGGGGCAAGUUAAUGUCUCACAAACUCGGCUCCACACAUUCAUGAAGUUAGCAGAGGCACUACAGGUGCGCGGUCUAACAGACACACAGAACACCAGAGCACGAAUGGAGAAGGAAAUGUAUCAAAAUUUGAUACCAACUACGGAAGUAGGAAACAGUUCCAACCCCGUUGUAACUGCCGCAGCAGCAGCAGCAGUUGCUGCAGCAGUCAGCAGUGCAAGUUCAAUAACUAUACCUGUUGUAUCACAAGUUACAACUCGAGCCCCACAGACAAGAUCUCGGGCUCAUGAAUCUCCACCACCAACACCCAAGCGCAGAAAAACUUCCCCAACCCAAGAAAUAAAUUCACCCUUGCAUAAUGAAGAGGAUAAUAGUAUUGAUGAACAUGCAGAUAUAAAAAGAGAUAUUCGUAACUUGUUAGAAGUAAAGCUGGAACCAGAAGAAUAUCCAGAGGAUGGUUUGGAGGCAGAGGAUGAGAAUGACCAGCCUCCUCCACCUCCACCAGAGGUCAGUUUUAUGGAACAGCCAGAGGGCCUCAGAAGUAUGGGUGGUGCAACGUCCUCUGUGAGUUUACCCUCUGUCUUCCUGCCUCAACAAACUACUAGUGAGAAGACCAGUCAUACUAUUAUCCCUCGACGGAACUCACAUGAGAAAACCUCUUCUGCCAACCUACAACCAGAAUUUCCUCAAGACCCAUCCUGUAAGGACCGCCAAAAUCUGCCAUAUCCUUGCCCUUUCUGUGAGAAGGCAUAUACUUCAUGGGGAUUCAGAAGGCGUCACAUCAAGGGAUAUCACACAUCAUCCCCCGAGUUACCCUGCAAGUGGUGUUUCACAGUUCUACCUUCACACCAAGAUUGGGCGGAACAUGUUACUAGAAGACACAAUCUAGCUGUGGGAGAUGCACGCAAUGGCCUUCUAAUCCUAGAAGAAGCCCACAUGGUGCUCCAAAUAGCCCAGCCUACACGGAUCGACUCUCUGAUGGAAUUAAUUAAAAAUAAAAAGGACAAGGACGAAGAUAACCCCCAGAAAAAGGAUGGAGAUGGAAAGGAUGCUGACCAAAGUCAGAAUCAGAGAGAUAAAGGAGAAGGAAGCAAAUGAAAACUAAUUAGUUGUGUAGAUAUUUUUCCAUUCAGGGAUAAUGUAUCAGAGUGAUGAAAACUUCCAAAAGGAAAUUUUGAAUGAACACUGUAAUGGAUGUGUUUGAGCGAGUGAGUGUUUGUAUGAAGAUGUACAAGGGUACAAGUCACUGGAAGACUAGGAGAGAAUGUUGGUGUGCCUUCAGGAGAAAAAGUUUCAAAGGUACAGAUUCAUUGCCAUACUGACAUGUGAUAUUAUACCUUGAAGUUGAUUCUUUAUGACUGUCUGAUAGAUGUUGGUGUAGGGAGCACACUAAUUUUCUAUAAAAAAAUAAUUUUAAAGAAAUUCUAUAUUACCUCAUCAAAAUUUAAAUUGUUUGUAUUUGCAUAGUCAUUAUAAGAUAAAUUUGGCCAGUUAGGAAAACUUUCUUGGAUUGAUAUAAAACUCAAAUAUUUUUUUUGAAAAUUUUUACAAUUGUAAUUUUUCAUCUACUAUCUCAUUAUCUACUAGCACAAAGGAAGUCUGGUAGUCUUUACUUCAUAUGCAGUUUUCUCUCCUUUGUCAUUGACAUUAAAAUAAUUUUGGUAAUAUUAAAAAAAUUAUAUAUUUUUAGACUAAUCGCCCAAUUUUCUUAUAACAAUUCCAUGCUGAAAUCAGAUGUCAUCUCAUUGUAUAAAUAGCUCCCUGGAAAUGUGCAUCUGUUUUCCUGCUCUCUCAUAGUCAGUUAGUGUACAAUGCUUUUGUAUUUGUGAUGUGAAAAUUUACAGUCAGAGUUCUCUUAUAUAGGGUCAGUCUUUGUCUUACACAUUAUAGGAAAAUCAGCCUUGUUGAAGUGUCCUCUGAGGUUUAAAUUUUGUAUUAACAUCACAGUGACUAAUAUAUGAAUGGUAAUGCACAAAAUAAUAUAAUUAUAAUUACUGUAUUUAUUCUGGACUAAGUAUAGGGCUGGCCUCGUGUUAUUUUAACUUUUGCCAAUACCUAACAUGAAUUGUAUUUUUAUACUGAGUUAGUGGCAAAUUCAUAUUUUUUUGUUCAAUAUACAGUAACAUGAAAUAUUGUAAAGUAGUUUAUUUUUGUCCAAAUAUGUACAAAUUUCCAAGUGUAGAAAAUUACAAUUAAAAGUCUUUCAUUAAUAUUUAAAUUUAAUAUAAGGGUAUUUAUUGUACCUAAUACACUAAUCAUGCCUUAUUCUUUGUCAAGGAUUUGGAGAGAUGUUAAGAGAUUCAUAUUGUAGUUGUGUGUUAAAACAACUGAAAACAUAUUGUAUUUUCCAUAACUACAAAGAGAUGCUCUACUUCUAGCACUAAUCUGCAUUAACAGCAGAGAAUUUAGUACCUGUCGAAGCACAGGUUUGGAAAUUUUCACACGGAAGUUGUAUGUUGGUUGUAGAUUACAUUGGAUACUGGCACGAGUGAAAUUAUUAAUGUGAAAAUGCCGAGGGCAAUAAAAAAGAUAUAUUCGUAA